AUGCUGAAAGGAAUCACUGUCGAGCUGCCGCCCGAUGCUUCAGCUCUCCAGCGUCGCAGUCGAAAGAAGUCCCGAAAGAAGAAAUCAAAAAAGGAAAAGAGCAAGAAAAAACACAAGCACAGCAGCAGCAGCAGUAGUAGUAGUAGUAGCAGUGAUGAAGCAGUCAUUGUGUCGCCCCCCAAAGCCGCAACAGUUCAUCAGCCUGCGGCUUCAGCAGCAACAGCGGCAGCAAUAGCAGCAGCUAACAGGGAAGCCGAUCUUGAAGUACUUCAGAACCUUCUAUCUAAUCCCUUCGCCUCUUCGACAUCUCCAUCAGCAGCAGCAGCUUCGCCGGCAGUAGCAACAACAGCAGCACCGAAAGCAGCGGCAACACCAGGAACAGCCUUGCAGCAGGGCCGUGAGGCCCUGAAGGCGUUUAUAUCGGGGGAGUCCCCAAGGGGAGCCUCUGGGCCUGCUCAUGCUUCAGGUGCAGCAGCAGCUGAGGAACCCGAAAGUUUGGCAGCACAGAGAGAAUUAAACCCUUAUUACAGAGGAGGAGGAUCCGGGUUACCGCCUGAAGGCUCUCCAGCAGCACCGGAGCCUGUUGCUGCUUCUGCUGCAUUGUCUCCUGGAGCACAGCUAUGGCAGCGGCGGCAGCUAAAGCGGCUGCAGCAGCAAGCAGCAGAGGAAGGGAUCCCUUUAGCUGCUGCUCUUCGGAGACACUUUGGAUCCUUGACCGACGAGGCUCUUGAGGGUUUUCAGAAGGUAUUGGCGCAGGAAGAGGCCCCUCGGUGGACCCAAGGCCGGGGCCGUGGGCCCCCUCGGGGGCCUCCCGCAUUCCCAAGGGAGCAGAGAGAACGUCCUUCCGAGGCCACUGUUGAUCGCUUUCGGAAUCGUGUUAGUGAUCGUGCCGAGGCGACUGGGGAACGACGAGGGGAUCGUGAGUUGCUGCGGGAACGGCUGCGGGAACGCCAAGCAGCACGUGGGGAUCCCUUUGCAGAGCAACAACACCAGGGGAGCCGGGUUGCUGCAGAGCGAUUUGCGGGCUUGGAAGAUCGUGUAAAGGAUCCUGUAGAGGAUCGUGUCCAAGAUCGUGCCAACGAUCGUGUCCAGGAUCGUGUCAGCGACCGUUUCCAAUAUCGUGACAGCGAUCGUGCCCAAGACCGUGACAGCGAUCGUGCCCAAGAUCGUUUUGAGGAUCGUGUUGAAGAUCGUGUUCGGGAUCGGCGGUCCGGAGGAUCGUUUGGGGGAAGGUGGCAACAGCCGAAGUCGCGAACAGUCUCUGAGUCCUCUCUUACCAAGCUGGAAAGAAAGUUGCUCCUCCUUAGCCAGCAGAAAGCACAAGAAAGCAGCAGCAACAGCAGCAGCACUGCCGAUAGCAGCAGCAGCAGCAGCAAGAACUGCAACGACCGAGAGCCUUCAGAUGCAAAUGUACCAGAGAGCACCACUAACCGCAACGACAACAGCACCAGUAGCAGCAGCAGUAAUCAGAGCACCAUCACCAGCAGCAGCAGUGAUGAUUUGAAUGCCUUGUCCGCAAAGGCACUGAAGGCUCGGCUUAGAGGAGACAUCGAAACUGCCAAACAACUAGAGGCCCUCAUGGCGCUGAAAAGUUUAGAAGGAAAGGGAAUGAAGACUAAUACUGCUGAAGCUCCGGAAGUUGUUGCUGCUACUGCUGCAGUUACAGCAGCAGCAGCAUACAGGCCGCAGAGGCAGACAAAGGACAGCGAGACAGCAGGAAAUGCCCCCAGAGGCGUAAAGAGAAAGACCCAGCAAGCAGAACAAUCCACAGAUGGGGUUGGGGGAGACAGUUCGCGGAGCUUGUUGGAAAUGGCUCGCGAGGAGAAAGCGUUGUCCGGCGCAGCCAACGAAAAGCAGAUGAACAAACUGUUAAUGACAGAUCCUGGGGCAAUUGAAUCCAUGAAGCGGAAAAUGCGGCAGCAGAAGCAGAAUGAAAGAAGCAAUAGACUUAACCAGGCAGAGACCCGCUGUCUGUGGUGCCUAGACAGCUCAGGAUUUGACAGGCUCCGAGGAGAAAGUCUUCUUUCACUGUCUCCUUUCGCGUUCCUGUGCGCUCCGCCGAUGAACAGAACCAUCCACAAAGAUCAUCUUCUCAUCAUUCCUGUGCCCCACUGUUCUGCAGUGACGGGACUUGAGGAGGAGGCAUUUGAGUGCAUGAGGAACUACAUGAAGACGCUUGUUGCCUUCUUUGCUUCAAGAGGAGAGGCUCCACUCUUUCUGGAGACAGUUCCCAAACAGAACACAGCUGAGAAACAGCUGAUUGGCCUCGGAUUCCACACUGAAGUCGAUGUGCUGCCACUGCCUGCAGACAGACUCCAAGAAGCUCGACUAUACUUCAAAAAAGCUUUUUCGGAGGCUGAAGGGUUUUGGCAGAGCCAUAAAACGUACAUUGAAGCGAAGGGCAGGGGAGGAGUGCGGGGGACGAUCCCCAAGGGCUUUCCGUACAUUUAUGUGGACUUCUCCUUGGAGGACGGGCUGGCGCACGUAAUAGAAGACGGCGAGGAGUUCAGCAGGGCGUUUGGCCGGGAGGUGUUUUUGGGUAUGUUGGAAAAGGAAAAGACAGAAAGACCUUUUAGAGAUAUGAGGCUUUACAAAGAAAAUGUUCAGCGGCUAAGGCGCGAGUAUGCCCCUUUCGACUGGGUGCAGGUGGAGCAAUGA